AUGAUGGACUGUUUUGUGGCUCUUUCAUCCCCAGGAGAGGAGGUAGACAGACAGCUGUGUGGGGAUGCCAUCUAUCCCACUCCUAUUGUCUGUGAAGUCCCAUGCCUAAAGGACUGUGUGCUCAGCACAUGGUCAAAAUGGUCCUCAUGCUCUCACACCUGCUCAGGAAAAACCACUGAAGGGAAACAGACGCGGGCACGCUCUAUUUUGGCAUAUGCAGGUGAAGGGGGAGUUCAGUGCCCGAAUAGCAGCGCUCUGCAGGAAGUCCGCAGCUGUAAUGACCACCCCUGCACUGUCUAUCACUGGCAAACUGGGACCUGGGGCCAGUGCAUAGAGGACCCAUCAGUAUCAACUAUUAAUUCUAGCACCAGCUGGAGCGGUGAGCCCACCUGCUCAGUCGGAAUGCAGACAAGGAAGGUCAUCUGUGUGAGGGUCAACGUGGGACAGGUGCCACCAAAGAAGUGCCCUGAGAGUCUUCGGCCUGAUACAGUGAGGCCUUGUCUGUUGCCAUGCAAGAAGGAUUGUAUUGUAACACCUUAUAGUGACUGGACUCCCUGCCCAUCGUCAUGUCAAGAAGGGGAUCGUUCAAUAAAGAAACAGUCUCGUAAUCGUGUCAUCAUCCAGCUGCCAGCAAAUGGUGGCCAGGAUUGUCCUGAAGUACUGUAUGAGGAGAAGGAAUGUGAGACCUCAUCCGUGUGCCCUGGUUUCAGAUGGAAGACCCAUAAAUGGCGUCGCUGUCAGUUAGUGCCAUGGUAUGUACGUCAAGACAGUCCUGGAACUCAUGAGACAUGUGGCCCAGGACUACAAACAAGAGCAAUAUCCUGUCGCAAGCAAGAUGGUGGACAAGCUGACAUUGGCGAGUGCUUGAAGAAUUGCAGAUUUAUGCCUCCUAUUACUCAACCAUGCCAACUGCCUUGCCAGAAUGACUGCCAGUUAACCAACUGGUCUAAGUUCUCUUCUUGUAGUGCAGACU